UUUUUGCAGUGUAAAAGUUCAUGGGUUCGAACCCCAGGCAACACAUACUGAUUAAAAAAGUCGCUUUGGAUAAGCUUUUAAAUGAAAAUUAUUUUAAUGUACUUUCAAGGUACGUCUGCGGAGGAAAUGUGAACAGGAUUACAGAAAAUAGAGAUGAAUGGCAUCCAUAAAGAAGCUGCCAAACUGUGCAGAGAAGCAGAUGAAAUAUUGUUUUCCGGGAAUCCCGAAAAAGCUGGAGCCCUGUACACCCAUGCUUUUCAAAACCAUGCCGGAUCUGCUGUGGCACACAUGCGGGGUCUGGACAAAUGCCGUUUGGAGGAGGUGAUCUGGACCCUGGAAGCCUGGCUUGAUGGAGUUUCGCAUAACCCACUUAAAGGCCUUAGCAAGGGUCUUGUGGCUGUAUUCCUCUCUACAUUAUGUCCCAAUAAUGUUUCGGCCUCUGUGUUUAAGAUGGAGACGGUCCUGCAAGGAGCAAGUCAUGGAUCAGAUGAGAUCUUUGCCCGGUGCUCCAAUCUUUUGGAGGGUAAACAAAUGCCCCAGCCGAGGGCUCACACACGGUUAGUUGUGGAGCUGACAAGAGCAUUGGCUUGCUUGCUGUCAGAUCAGCGAAAUCCAAAAGGUCCCCAAUUGUAUCUGCAGGCGUUUCAGGGAAAUAAAUCUGAAACCGUUAGACUUGUCAAAGAAAGGCAAACACAGCAUGUACCAUUAUUAAUUGAGGCAUUUUACCAGCAAAUGUCUCCGAGAUUUUCUUUUUUCCAUAUUGAGCACAAGCCGGAAAGAAGUAGACUUGAGAGUAAACACAUUGAUGCUUCUGAAGCGGUCGAGUUUUUACUUGCCAUUUCUCCAGAUCACAUCCAAGUCCGAGAGCUUCAAGCUGCAGUUUUGUUUUCAUCUGGAAAGUUUGUGGAAAGUGCAGAAGCUUUAACCCUUGCUCUUCAGAUGAGUACAUCUCAAACCAAGAUGAACCUAUGUAAUGGCCAUGUGGAGCAUCACAUGUCACCAGAAAGGAGAGCUUGCUUAUUGGUGGGCAGAGCAGCUGCCCUUUUUUCAGCAGGGGGGAGAGCAGGCGAAGUCUGCAAAGACCUAGGUGAUGCUUUUGCACUUCAUCCAGCGACAGCAAGACAGCAGUUCCAAGUCCUGUUCACCGACAAUGAUAUAGCGGUGGCAGCUUGCAUCCAACUACGUCAGCAGGCGGAAAAAGGUGUGUCUGAGUUCAGAGAAACUGUUCUUAGGAGGCCUGACCUGCGCUCAUCGAAAGGGGUGGAGUUAUUGGAUCCUGUUAUCGAUCAGCUCCAAACUCUCUGCCAUUUAGAGUCGGGCGGAGGAGGUAGGGAACUGCGUGUACGUUUGGCAGACUGCCUCCUUAUGCGUGGGGAACAUAGAGAAGCUCUUUCCAUAAGUAGCCAGCUAGCUGCUGCAGCUCCACCCCAACACAGUUACCAGAACACAGUGCAAGUUCUCCAAGGGUUUUCCCAUCUUUUCACAGAAGACCAUAAAAGCGCUUUGGAGGAUUUCCAGGCCGUGAUUGAGCACAAUGCUCCUCAUCCGCCCAGCUGCGUGCGUGCACUAUGUGGUAGGGGUAUCCUGCGCAUGAUGGCUGGUUCACACUACCUGACCGCUCUGGAUUAUGUUACGGCAAGUCGAUUGCAGUUGCAGGAGACUGCUUUAACUGUGAGAUGUCUGGUGCCUUGGAACUACCGUGGGUUGCUUUGCACCGUGUUGCUGGAACAGGGCAGAGCUAUGCUUGAGGGAACCGAUGAGCAAAAAGGAGAUUCCAGUUCCAAAGCAAAACACGAGUCUGAGCAGAGUCACGUCAGUGACAAUCAAAGGACUGCGGUUGGCGUGCACGCACUUGCGCUUCUCCUAAUGGAGCUGCAACCUGGUGCAGAUGGACCUCAGAUUCUCACAGCGGAUGCUCUGUACCAGCUGGGUCGUGUUGAGGAGGCCUACCGGCUUCUUCUCAACAUUGAGCGCAGAGCUCCACGGCCACCCAUUCUCGCCCGCCUCGCAAUUUUGCAGCUGCAUCGUGGCUUUCUUUAUGAUGCUUAUCAGCUAUUGAAGAAACUGAUUCUUUCUGGAGACACCAGCUGUCUGCGCCCACUACUCUCUGUAACAUCUGUACAAGAUCGAACCCUUUUGGAAAACCAUUGUAACAAUGCCUCAAAACGUAUUUUGUGUGGCCAGCAGUCAGAAACUGCCAUAAGGGAAGCUGUGGCCUAUUUGUCCAUCGCCAUUAUGGCUUCAGGUGGUGGAGCAAUAGAUUCGCUGUUGGAGAGAGCAAGAUGUUAUGCUUUAUUGGGCCAAUGGAAGACGGCCAUCUUUGAUUUUACUGCCAUCCUUAAGGUGAACCCAAUUCAUGUGCAGGCUUUGUGUGGAAGAGGAUUCACUUAUCUUAUGCUGAACCAGCAAAAGGAAUGCAUACAAGACAUACUGGUUGCUCUUCAGCGUGAUGCUAAAGAGGUCACUCGCAGCAUGUCGUCCCUUAAAGACAAAGCACGAAGACUGAUUAGUGAAUGGUUGGAUCAGCACUGUCGUAGCAGCCUUUUAGGGAUUAUAUUGGCCAACCCGGUACCCUGCGGGGAGGAGCAUCUUCGAGAGGCCUUUUUGAUUUGUGGAGCGCUAAUGAACAUAGACUGCAGGGAACCCAGGUGGCACCUCCUAUACAUAGAUACACUACUUGCCAAAGGGGAGUUGAAUGCUGCAGGUGCACACCUGAAACAAGUGUUUGGUCUGGAGCCAAGGGAUGCCACAGCUAAGGCCAGGUGGGGUGUUGUUAAAACCUGGCACCAGAACUACAAACUGGCAGCCAACUAUCUGAGUGAGGUGGCCGAGAAAGAACCAGCAACUCUCGACUUUCUCGUCGCUCUUCUGCAGUCCUCUCAGAGAAAACGAGUGGCACAGGUAGCAUCUCAGCUCGCCAGCAGUGUUUCUCAAAGCGGCCAGUGGGAACACGCUUUAGCCCUGCUGACGUUAGCAGUACGAGCGGUCAGUGAUAAAAAGCUAAAGUAUCUCAGGCAGCGUGCUGCCUGCUUGGCUCAUCUGGGCCUUCACGAAAGGGCUGUGACCGACCUGGACAAGGUCAUCGAAGGCCACAACGGUGAGGAGCAAAGGGUCUGCGCAGAGGACCUUUGCCGCAGAGGCCGCAGUCUGCUGCUGUGUUCCCGCGAAGAGUCCGGCUUACAGGAUUUUUCUCAAGCCCUGGACCUGCACGAGGAACAGGCUUUGCUGUGCCUGGAGGCUGGACCAGAAAGACAAAAGCUUGCUGAUCUGUUUCUGCGCUUUGCCCUGCAGAACUUUGGAGAGCAGCAGCUGAACAAGGCUUGGCUUCUGACAGAGACCGGACUUAAAGUAGAAAGCGAUCACGCAGAACUGCGUAGGCUGAGGGCUAGAAUAAAACGAGAGGUCUCGGGUCCAUGUACAGUCCAUUGAAGAAUACACAUAAUGUACGGUCCAUUGAAGAUUACACAUAUUGUACUGAAAUUAUUCAUUAUGAUUGAUGAAGGAAAUUUCCUUGAUGGUGACAGUCACAGCUGUGGGUUAUGGUGACUCAUAUACAGACACGGAAAGAAUUAAGAGACCAUUGCAGUUUUCCCUUUAAUCAUCAUUUCUAAAUUUAUUACGACAAUUUCUGUCCGGUGUCUGAUGAAUUCCAACAAAAGCAGAACUCAUAAGUGACAUAAAGUCACAAAGUAGCAAUGUAAAAUAAAAGGCUGAGUGGAUACAAAGACACAUUAAAGAUGUGAUUAAGAAUCAGGGUUAUUCCAUAAAAGUUAAAUAAUUACAUUUAAAGGAACAGUAUGUAAGAAAUUUAUAUCGAUUAAUCAUAAAAUGGUCCUGAUAUGUCACUAGACAUUAAGAAAUCAUUUUCAUUUCAAAUACGUAUAUCACUGACAACAGUGGUCUGGCCAGGAUAUUGUCAUUUAAAAAGUGGAGUUGCAGCCCUCAACUGAUGUUUAUGUUGUCAUUUUGUGUAUUGGCCACCAGUUGUGUGAUUGCAGUACCAGUUUUAGCCACAAGUUUUGUGAUUGCAAUACCAGUUUUGGCCACAAUCCUACGUAAAGAGUUUUUUUUUACCUUAAAAUAAAAAAAACAGGGUGAACGGCACUUUCACAUUCGCUUUGUAUCCCUCUAUCGGCCAAAACCGCACUAAAGAAGUUUCCAACCAUCGGGUCGUGGUCCUGUAGUUCGAGUGAAAACUACAAAAACCUGCUUUACGGAGACCUACAAUCCAAUCAAAGCCAGCUAUGCUGCAGUAUUUACGACAGUGGUAAUGGACAAUUACGCUUCUAACCUGUAGGGGGAGCAAAGAGCAAAAACUCUUUAGUGUUGCUUUAAGACAUUUUUUCUAAAAUACAUGUAAAAAAGUAGCAUUUUUUAUUGAGAAAUAAAUUUAAACCUCUUAUCUCUGCAGUAUAUAAGAUCAUAAACUGUAUCUUUUUGUUAUUUAGACCAUGUUUUCCCCAUUUAAAUUUUCUGUAAAUAAAUGCAAAAAAAAUUAUUAGGAACUUAUCAGAAAUAUUCGGUAUAUUAUUUCACAAAUACCUAUAAAUACUAAAUUUAGAAAAACUGAAAGUAAUAUUGAAGUGAUCUCUUAAUUUUUUCUGCGGCUGAAUAUCUUUAUGAUCAUAAUAUAUGAAUAUUACUGUAGGUUCUGUACUAGUUACUUAAACUUUGUUUAAAGUGUAUUACAAUUAUUUGUUUACAAUUCAUUUUUUAUUUCUUUUAUUUUUUUACUUGAUUAAGAUUAAAUUUUGUAUAUCUGAUAUGUUAAUGAU